AUGGCAUCAAGCACAACUGUUACUCCUGGAACUGAAGUAAUUAAACAGUUAUAUGAAUGGUCAAAAAGUAAUGCACGUCAAGAUACUUUAAUAUGUACAAUGGAUGUAAUCGAUUUAUAUACGAUGAUACCACAAACAGAAGGAAUCUUGGCAAUUAAGAAAAUGCUGGAUUACUUGAACAUAAAGCAGAUUAAUGGUUUAAAAAUUGAAACUGUUAUUCGUUUAUGUCGAUUCGUAGUGCAUAAUAAUUAUUUUUCUUACGACAGUAAAUAUUAUCAUCAAAUACGUGGUGGUACGAUGGGUGCUCCGCUAACUCUAACAAUUGCAAAUGCUUAUAUGUUCUUUUUUGAACAUGAUAUCGUUAAGCAAAUUAACAAUAGCAAUCGACUCUACAUACGAUAUAUUGAUGAUAUAUUUAUUACCAUUAACUGGCCUUCUCAAUAUUUAGAAAAGCAAAUUGGCCGAUGGAAUAAAUUCGAUCUCAACAUAAAAUUAAAAGCUGAAGUUGGGUAUAAAACAAAUUUUCUCGAUUUGUAUAUAGAGAACAAAAAUGGUGCAUUUUUUACAGAAGUUUAUCAUAAACCAUCUUAUGAACCGUAUUAUUUGCCAUUUAAUAGUGUACAUCCUAUGCAUAUGAAAAAGAAUAUUCCAUAUGCUAUGGUGAUUCGUGCCAUUAAAUAUUGUUCAACAUUCAAUGUAUACAUAUAUGAACGAGAAAAAUUAAGAAUGGCCUUAUUAUUGAAUAAAUACCCUGGUAAAUUUAUAGAAAAACAAUUCAACCAUGUAUUUCAAAAUUACAAUAUGAAUCAAAGUGUAUCAAAUACAAAUUAUAAUGUAUUGCGAGCAAAAAUUAUUUAUAUGAAUAAAAAAGAAGAAAUUAUAAUUAAUUAUAAUAGAACUAUGUUCGUUUAUUUUACCUAUUGUUUAAACAUGAAAACAUUCCCGCAAAAAUUUCAUACUCUUUGGAACAAAUACUUUAUUGAAUCCCCAAUAAAUGAAAUAAAGCCGGUAUUAGGUACUCGGAAUGUUAAAAAUUUACAACAACAGCUGAUACGCAAUAAAUAA